AUGUCUGGCCCCGUGGCCAUAGCUGAUUAUUCAAAUGGAGGAGAACUUUCUUGUGCAGAGAGAACAAAAUCUCGUGACGUGCUUCCUGAAUUAGACCAACUUUCUAUAUUGACAGACGGUGAAAGUGAAGGCUUUAGUGUUGGACAACUCUUACUUUCUAAUGGAGACUCAUAUUCUGGGUUCCUAUAUGGCAAUGUUUCUGAGGGCCACGGGACGUACGUUUGGUGUGAUGGCUGUGUAUAUGAGGGUGAAUGGAGGCGAGGGAUGAACAAUGGAUACGGAAAGAUAAAAUGGCCUUCUGGAGCAGUGUAUGAAGGUGAUUUCUCUGGUGGAUAUAUCCAUGGUACGGGCAGAUAUAUUCGUUCCGACAAAUUGACCUAUAAAGGUAGAUGGCGGUUGAAUCUUAAACAUGGUUUGGGGUAUCAAGUUUAUCCUAAUGGAGAUACCUUUGAAGGGUCUUGGAUGCAAGGAACACCAGAGGGGCCUGGCAAGUAUACCUGGACCAACGGAAAUGUUUAUGUGGGGAAUAUGAAAGGUGGAAUAAUGUCAGGAAUAGGAACUCUUACCUGCAUAAAUGGGGACUCAUAUGAAGGAAACUGGCUAAAUGGCAUGAUGCAUGGCUUUGGAGUGUAUACUUGGAGUGAUGGAGGAUGUUACGUUGGAACUUGGACAUUUGGUCUAAAAGAUGGCAAAGGAACCUUUUAUCCAAGAGGUAGUAGCCGGCUUCCAUCAGUGCAAGAAAUUUAUCUCAGUGCCUUGAGAAAAAGAGGGCUAUUGCCAGAUUUGAGAAAACAGAAGCAAGUCAGAGAUGUCAAGGUACCAGACAACCAGCUGUCAAGUAUUGUUUCAUCUGACAAGGUUGCAAAAGGAAACCUGUUAAAUCUGGAACAGUCUAAUAGAAGAAAUGUGUCUCUUGAAAGGCGUUGGAGUCUUGAGGUUUCGAUUGAGAAAGUGAUUGGAUAUGAUUCAGCAUUAGGAUUAGCAGAUUCUAUGCCAGAAAGUAAAGACAAAGAGGUUGAUACAACGAUCCCAAUAUUGGAACGAGAGUACAUGCAAGGUGUAUUGAUAAGUGAAGUUGUGUUAAAUAAUAUGUUUUCAUCAAUGUCUAGAAGGGCAAGGCGACUUCAAAAAAAGCUUGCCAAAGAGAUUAAAAAACCUGGUGAAGCAAUCAUUAAAGGUCACAGGAGUUAUGAUCUAAUGCUCUGUUUGCAGCUUGGAAUAAGGUAUACCGUGGGCAAGAUAACACCUAUACCUACGCGAGAAGUUAGAUUAUCAGAUUUUGGUACCAAAGCAAGCUUUUGGAUGAAUUUUCCUAAAGAAGGUUCUCAAUUAACACCUACCCAUCCAUCAGAAGAUUUUAAAUGGAAAGAUUAUUGCCCCAUGGUGUUCAGAAAUUUGAGAGAGUUGUUCAAGAUUGACGCUGCCGACUACAUGAUGUCCAUCUGUGGGAACGAUACUCUGAGGGAACUAUCUUCUCCAGGGAAAAGUGGUAGCGUCUUCUUCCUGUCUCAGGAUGAUCGUUUCAUGAUCAAGACACUGCGCCUGUCUGAAGUCAAGGUUCUUCUAAGAAUGCUUCCAGACUAUCAUCAUCAUGUGAAGUCAUAUGAAAAUACACUUAUCACAAAAUUUUUUGGCCUCCACAGGAUUAAGCCUUCAAGUGGUCAAAAGUUUCGCUUUGUUGUAAUGGGAAAUAUGUUCUGCACGGAACUACGGAUCCAUCGGAGAUUUGAUUUAAAAGGUUCAUCCUUUGGACGAUCAUCAGACAAGAUAGAAAUUGACGAAAAUACAACACUGAAAGAUUUGGAUCUGAACUACUGCUUCUACUUGGAACCAUCUUGGCGGGAGUCUUUAUUAAAGCAGAUUGAAAUAGACAGCAAAUUUUUGGAAGCACAGCACAUUAUGGAUUACAGCCUUCUUCUAGGUGUUCAUUAUCGAGCUCCGCAGCAUCUGCGACCUCUCAUGUCGUACAACCAAAGUAGAAGUGUGGAUGGAUUAGCAAUGCUUGCAGAGGAAGACCCUCUGGAGGAUGAAGCAUCCUAUCCAGAAGGCCUUGUUCUAGUUCCUAGAGGAGCAGACGAUAACAGCGUUGUUGUGGGCUCACAUAUGAGGGGUAGUCGGUUGCGGGCUUCAUCUGCUGGUGAUGAGGAGGUGGAUCUACUUCUACCUGGUACAGCAAGACUCCAAAUCCAGCUUGGUGUGAACAUGCCUUCAAGGGCAGAGCAGAUUUCCGGAAAACAAGAAAAGCAAAAGUUCCGCGAGGUGUACGAUGUGGUGCUGUACUUGGGUAUCAUUGAUAUAUUGCAGGACUACAACAUGACUAAGAAGAUUGAAAAUGCUUAUAAAUCUCUUCAGUUUGAUUCAUUGUCUAUCUCAGCUGUGGACCCUACGUUCUACUCUCGUCGUUUCCUGGAGUUUAUUCAGAAAGUGUUUCCACCAAAUGCAAUGGCAGGUUAA